CACACACAUGUGAAACACUCUCACACACACAACUGAAACCAAAAGCUCUCAUAAACACAUAUGAAAUGGUCUUACACACACAUGUGAAACACUCUCACACACACAUAUGAAACGCUCUCACACACACAUAUGAAACGCUCUCACACACACAUAUGAAACGCUCUCACACGCACAUAUGAAACGCUCGUAUAUGAAACGCUCUCACACACCCGUGAAAAUAUUUUUUUAAAUGUAUAUAUUAAUUUCAGUAUGUUGUGUGAGAGGAAUUUCAGUAUGUUGUGUGAGAGGAAUUUCAGUAUGUUGUGUGAGAGGAAUUUCAGUAUGUUGUGUGAGAGGAAUUUCAGUAUGUUGUGUGAGAGGCAUUUCACUUGAAACGGAAGGCAUUUCACUUGAAACGGAAGGCAUUUCACUUGAAACGGAAGGCAUUUCACUUGAAACGGAAGGCAUUUCACUUGAAACGGAAGGCGUUCCAAUUAAACAGGAAACGGUUGAGAACAAACAGCGCAUUGCAAAAUACAGGCGAAACACUAUUGUUUGUUGGUUCGCUACACCGAUGUCUUCUCAACAGCCCGCAUGUAGCCUAACUGAGGCAGCAGCGUUGCUCAAUAUAUUGGCCUCAGCGGAGACCAUUAGAACGCUGUCAAGUGCAACCACAAUGGUGCAGCAACCGACCGUUCCAACUCGAGGUGAGGACACCGUGGACGGUCACCUAGCAUCGCUCUUCCCAUCCCGCAGCGGCCAGCGGCCAGCUACAGCUCCUCUUAGGAGAGAUUGUGCACCACGUAAUCAAGCACAACAUUGCUUUGGCACAUGGACAUCUGGCACGAGGAAAACAAGAGCUAGGGCACAGCAGCAUGGCCAUUUCAAUAAGGAUGUGAUACUACUCCCCAAUCCAUCUUUGGAUGUAGUGUGCAAACAACGUCCAAAAGUACGGUUACACAAACAUGGACAUAUCCUCAGUGCCUUUGAGUUCCAGAAGGCCUGGGACCACCGGACUGUUAUUGAUCGUAUCAGACAAGGCUUUGGUGAGCAUAUUCCGGAGGACGUCAGCCUCCGGCUUGUAAUGUCUUGUGGCAAUAAGUUGGUGUCCCCUAAGAUCCAGGAGGGUCAGGAGCUGAAUGGGAUGCUAAUCCACAAGAUUUUUAAAACCAAAGCCCUGUAUGUAAGACCAUCAAGGACCCUUUUAACUGACUCAGAGGAGGAAAGUGAACUUUCUGCCACUGACAGAUCAACUGCUAAGGACAGUGAUGAGGAUUGUUGUGAAAUCCUGCAAAUCCCUGCAGGCAUGAGCAGCUGUGUCACCACCAGGGCAGCCUCAAGAGCAAUGAGAAAUAAUGAUCCCUGUACUGGCAAUAUUGAUGGUGAACGCAAUCCUGGCACUGGCACUGGUAUUGACGAUGAUUAUAAUGAUGAUGCCACCAACCACCCAGCUACCAGUGCUGUUAAAAGGAGUAGAUUAGUAGUGGAAGGAGUGGAUGGCGGCCCUGGCACAAGCAGUCAAGAUGGAGGCUGGCUUCCAAGGAGUGAUGGCAACCAUGGGACUAGCGGCCAUGAUGACUACUCAUCAUAUUUAGCACUUGUGUCAACUCUUCCUGACGACUCCUCAGAAGACGAGGAAUUAAACAAGGCCAUUAUUGCCAGUAUGGAGUGUCCAAUUGCAGAAAAGGUCCCGAGUCAGGAGAUACUGCUGGAACUGUCAAGCAAAAUUAUUACAAAACGACAGUGCAGGUUCAAUAUAAAUCGCUCUGCUGUCUGGGAAGGAGCCAUGCGGGGUUUCCAAAGGGUAUCCUACGACCCAAACUUGAUGAUCUCUGUAAAGUUCUCAGAUGACAUGGGGAGAAAUGAGGAAGGGAUUGAUUUAGGAGGGCCAAGGAGGGAAUUCUUGAGGCUGCUGAUGGAGACCAUUGCCAGAUCCGCCAUGUUUGAGGGAAAAGAAAACAGCAAGAACUUUGCUCUUGACAGUACUGCUCUAAGAGAGGACCGGUACUACAAUGCUGGCAGAGCCAUUGCAGUGAGUUUGGUGCAUGGUGGUCCACCACCAAACUUCCUGUCACCAACAGUGUUUUCGCUUCUUGUUGAUGGUUCAGCAAAUCCAGCUGUAGAAGACAUAGCUGACCCAGAACUCCUUGAGAAAGUCAAAAAGGUAUCUGAAAGUACCACGGUUGAGGAGCUUGAGGAGUCAAAGGCACCUCUACUUGAGUACCUGGCUAAUGCAGGAUGUCUAAGGCCUGUGCAGUCAAUCAGGGACAGGGAGCUGCUGGUACAGGACAUAGUGAUGUUUCAGGUUGUCCACAGGGUCCAAGGUCCAUUUCAAAGAUUCUGUGAAGGUCUGAAGACUCUUGGGGUUCUUGAAAAAAUCAGGAGACAUCCUGACAGCUUUAAGCCCCUGUUUUGCUAUGAAGCAAGUCUUCUCACUGCUGACCAGAUGGACAAUCUCUUCAGCAUUCGACUCUCUCCAGAAGGGAGCAACAAGAGAACUGCAGAAGAGAUGGUUGUAAUCUUCUGGAGAGACUAUCUCCAGGAUGCAGAAGAAGAAGAAGGGCCAUCCAAACUACAAAAAAUAUUGGCCUUCGCAACAGGAGCCUCUGUGGUGCCACCCAUCGGCUUUUCCCCAACACCUUCUGUGGAGUUCAUUCACAAGGGAGAGGACGACUAUGCCUCGACACCAUUGUUCCCUAUGGCCAACACAUGUGUCAACUGCAUCAGGUUGCCGCUACAUGUGUCAUAUGAACUCUUUAAAGACAAGUUUGACUUUGCUUUAGGGAACACUCAUGGGUUUGGCAGGUCAUGAAUAUACAGUGGUGGAAAUCAGUUUUGAACGUGUCAACAUUUCUUUCGUUAAAUAUUUUAAUAUUUUUCUGAUGCAGCUAUUCAUUUGAAAUGUAUACCACAUAUUGGAAUUGACUCAAUAAAAGUCAAUAAGUAAAGCUACACAGGUAAAGACAUUUACAUGUGUGUUUAAUACUUUUUCCUGUGUUAUUUCACUUUGUUAAACACUUUUUAUGGAAUGGAAUGUUACGUUUCCUUUACCUGUGUAGUUUUAUUAAGUCAAUACCAAUAUAUGGUUCAUAUUUAUUUCACAUUUAUUUCAUUUCAUUUAUUUCAUUUCAUAUUUCGUUCAUAAUAUUGCUGUUGCAAUAAAGUUUGCAAUCUUUAAAGUCUCAGUCUCUGCUUGUCUCGCAGUAUGUCUUUUUGAGAAAAACACUUUGAACAAAUGCUUCUUAUAGUUUUGAAAAAAUGUUUAUUAGGUUCAUUUAU